AUGGAGCUCCCACUGCCACACCAGGGUCAUCCAGAUCCAUGGCUGUUGAAUCAUUCUCCGUCUAAUGUCAGCUGUCUUGAAAAUGAAAGUGACGUAGCAAGAGAGUUGGCGAGGGAGUCUAGAGUGUCAUCCCAAGCACCGCAACAUCAUGGCAAACCCCCAGAGCUACCCACAUUAUUUGCAGAAAUUGUGUUUGUAGUACUCUGUUCGGUGGGACAGCUGCUCUUUGCAAUCGUGCUGGCAAACACUCUCGUCAAUCAGGUUACUUUGAUAGAUGCGUUGGGGCUUACUGGGUCAAAAUCCCCAUGGUUGAUCGGUUCUUUCUGUCUUGCCAAUGGUGUAUCUGUCGUGGUAUCAGGAUCAUUAGCAGACCUGACGAACCCCAGGUGGCUGACUGUGGGUGCCUUAGUCUGGCUCACAAUCUGGAACCUGAUUGGGGUGUUCUCCAUUACGCCAUCCCGGAUGGUGUUGCACUUCGUUGUACGAGCCAUGAUAGGCCUUGCAGUGGGUAUGAUACAGUCGACUGCAGUGAGCAUGUUGGGUCGCAUCUAUAAACCCGGUCAGAGAAAAACCAUGGUCUUCUCUUCCAUGGCAGCUAUGAUUCCGCUGGGAUUCGGUGUCGGCGCGCUUCAAGGUGGUGCCUUCAGUGCCCAUCUUCACUGGGUUUUCGGCUCUACAGCAAUUAUGUGUGCCCUCUGCGCAGUCGCUGCGUACUGGGCGGUUCCAACUCUCCCGCCAUCGUCUGGCCCGGCGGCUGAAGGCAAACUGUCUAUCAAGGACUUUGACUACCUUGGAGCAGCUGUUUCGGUGGGCGGAUGUGGACUCCUUAUCUUCGGACUAACACAGGGUGCACCCACUCACUGGACAUCAUAUACAUACGCAUUAGUCAUUUUAGGGGUAUUUCUCAUCGUUGCUUUCUACUUCGUGGAACGCUGGGUAUCUCGACCACUUAUCGACAACCGACUCUGGAAGACGCCGGGUAUGAUAUGGCUGCUGAUAUCAUAUUUCCUGGGGUACGGGGCAUUCAAUGGCGCGUGGAUGUUCUACGCAGUUCGCUUCUUUCUUACAAUCCAAGAGAAGCCCCCGAUCAUCGCAGCUCUUUAUUUCGUACCCCUUGCCAUAUCAGGAACAGUGGCUACAGUGUAUGAUUGCAUUCGCUUCAGGACCAGCAUUCUUCCUCCCGCAGACCUCCAAUACUAUGUACUGGGCACUGUCAUUUCCUGGCGUUAUCCUCGUAGCUUCGGGCCGGACAUGUCGUUUGCAGCCGCCUCAAUAUUUGUAACUUCCAACGUGCCGAAGUCCUUCCAAGGUUCGGCGGGCAGCUUGCUGGUCACCAUGCAGAAUCUGUCCUCUGCAAUUUUCACAGCCAUUGGGGAUACGAUUGGAGAGAGUGUCGCCAAAGGAGAGGGUUACAACCUGGACCUUGAGGCACUGCGAGCUAUCUGGUGGUUUAGUCUGGCAACAUCUUUGCUCAGCGCUUUGAUCUGUGGAGUUUUUGUCCGAAUCCCCAAGGCUGAGGAGAAGGAGCAUCUACAGUAA